AUGGAACGAUCUCAAGACGAGCUCAUGAACUCGAACGACAGCAUCCGGGAGUCGCAAGGUAAGCGCGAACACGUUGCGGCCCGCCGCGCCCCCACACCCCUACCUGUCUCCCUACCCUCCUACGUGCAACACGCUGCGUUGCCACGCCCUCGCCACUGGCCCACUUGCCUCGCCGCGAACGGACAACCAUCCUCCAUAGAUCUAAAAUGCGCGCACAUAUAUGCCAAAACCCCCUUUCCACUAACCCGCGGGUACCUAAAGAGCGAACGAGACGCCAAUAGCGGGCGCGAGGAGGAGAAGUACGAUCUGAAAGAGAGAAAGAGACUUAAGAGGAUGCUGAAGAAGGCCACGAUACGGGGCCAGAAGCACAAGAAGAAGAGGGAGGCGGGCGCGUGUGGCGGGGGAGGCCCCGCAGCGGACAAGGACAGGAAGUACCUCUGUUCCAUUUGCAAAAAGAAGCAGUACAAGUAUAGGAGGAACAAGCUGAGGCACGAGAAGUACGAAUGCGUCACCGGCCCACAGUUCGCCUGCGACAAGUGCGGCAAGAGAUACUCGCAGAAAAAGACUCUCACCUCCCACAUCACGCAAAAGCACCCCAACUGGGCCAGAGACAGAGACAGAGAGAUGUGCAAAUUGACAGCGCUCGAU